AUGGGGCAGUGGCCGCAGUUACACGACUAUUCUCAGACCCAGAUCCCCAGUCCACUCACCGAUGACAUGGAGAGACAGAGGAGAGAAAAGGCAGCAGAGAAGAAGAGGGAGAAGAAGAAACAGGCAAAGAAGAAGAAGAGCGAGGAGAAGGUGAGGGAGGAAGAGGCGGUGGUUGCUAGGAGACAGGGGGAGACUGUGCAGGGCCUGAGUGAGAGAGAGAAGAGGGCCCUGGCUGCCGAGAGGAGACUGGCUGCACAUAACUCCGCUGACAGCUCAGUUCAGAGGGCUGGUGUGUGUAGCUGUUGUGGGCGUGGUAUAGCAGGUCUGGUUCCAUUCCACAGACUCCAGUACCACUACUGCUCCAUGCCUUGUCGAGCGACAGCCGUGGCUGCGGCCAGCCAGCGUCAGGAGUACGUGCAGCCAGAACAAACACAGCAGGUUUCGGAAAAUCAUCUGAUGCCGUCCUCGCUCCGCCACGUCCCAGACUGGUUCCAGCUGGCCCCGUUCCAGUACAACCUGAGGUUCAUGAUUGCAUUCCUUCCAGGGGCCCUCCUGGUUGCCACGGUCACCGGGAAACUGAUGAUUGGUGCCGUGGUACUUGGUGUGGUGCUGUCUCUCCUCUUGCGUUCCACGGAGCAGAAAUUUAUUGGGAUGGUGGUCAGUAUAGGACACGUCUUUCUCCUGGCAGUCCUCAAUGUGUACUGCAUGGCUCCUCUCGUCUGGCAGUCCGCUCUGAACAUUCCCCUCUUCUUCCUCGUCCACUCAUUCAUCGCUACCUCUGGGUUGUGGUGGUUGAUGCAGGAUCCAGAGUUAGUCAGACAAGACCCAAGAUUCAUCCUUCUGGUGGAGAGGAUGCUGUUUGCCACGUACCCUGGAGUCUCCAUCGUCAUGGUUACGUGGGUGUGUGCCAUGUUGUUUGGAGUUACGUACAUUCCGGUCUCUGUUGCGGUUGCUGGGGUGGCGUCUCUAAGUCUCUUUUUGUCUCCGCUCAAGUCUUCCUUUGCCAGACCAAACACUCCUACCAACACUGGAGUGAUCCAGCACUGGUCUGUGGCUCUAGUGUACAUAUCUCUGGAGCUGACCGUUCCUUGUCUCAUCCACUUCACACUCCUCCACGACAGCUCUCUCUUCAGCUGGCUGUGUCUCGGUCUUCUAGUUGUGACUCCGGUAUUCCUCCUGACGCUGCUAGAGGCCCAGAGACUUCUCUCCUUCCUGCACGUGGGGCCGACAGCUGUGCUGGUCCUGAGGUGUGCCACUGGUGCAGUGGUAAUGUGUCUGCUGUCUGUGAUGGUAUGGGAGUCCUCGUCCCUCCUCCCUCUCCUCCUCAUCCCGCUCUCCUUCACCGCCCUGGCCCUCGUCUCCUCUCUUGACUCCACCCCCUCCCCCACCACACUCACUCUGGCUCUGGCCACUGCAUUCUUCUCCUCUGCCACCUUUGCCUUCCUACCAUGGUCCAUCUCCCACACCUUCUCGCUUCUCUCUCUACCACUGAGCCUCGUACAGCUGCUGAUAUGGUGCAUCACCGUGGCAACCGUUGCUAUGGUUACAUUUCACAAGCGGGUCACUCCUGUCGUCUGGAUUCCCUUCAACAUCGUGUUUGUGGUACUGGAGUAUGUGUUGAGUUAUGAUGGAGCUUACUCUCAUCUUCUUGCCCUGACCACUGCCUCCCUCGCUGCUCUUCUCUUCUGGAGGCUGCAUGUGGCAGGGUACAUGUCUCCCGACAUUUGCCUCCUCCUCUCUAGUCUCCACCUCACCAAGUUAUCGCUCCUCCUACCCUCCUUCCCACCCUCUUCCCCCUCCUCCCCCCUCACCACCUGCGUCGCCCUCUUCCUCCUCUCCUUCCUCGUCCUCAGACUCUCUCUCUACCUUCCCCUCCUCCCCCAUCUCUCCCGGCCAGCUGCUUAUCUUCUGUGGGACAAUGGUCAGUGGUCUCCUGCUGGAGUUGACUCUCUCUUAUCUCCUCUCUGGCUCUCCUUCACCCACCAACCUCCUUCCUCUGCUUCUCUCAUUGCCACCAUAGCAGCGGUGACAGCAGUCUACAUGAAUCAUGGUCUGGACUACAUCAGGGGACAACUCUUGUCUUGGGCCGUUCUCGGAGCAACUGUUCUCGUCGUGGUUGCCAUGGUAACAAACGUUCUUGUUCCCGUGGCUACAACUGUUCUAGGUGGAACACUCGGUGCCAUGGCAACCAGAAUGCUACUUGUGGCCACGCCCCCAGUCUCCCUGGGGGGUCUGCUGUACGUGAUGAUAGGCGGAGUCACUGGGUGUCUCCUCGGACGAGCUUAUACCACACCCACCACCCGACAGGGGCGGAGCUUUCUUGACCACACCCUGUUUUUCGUUUUGGUGAUAAUGACAGGGGCUGGCUUUAUUGGGGAGUAUAUUACUGCCCCUCAUAUCUACAUGCCCAGGAGCAGUUGGUUUGACAGUGUCUCUGUUCCAUGUUCCAGACUGGGAAUGGCUGUGUUUGGCAGCAUUGCACUCACCUUCAGAGUUAAAAUGAGUCAGUGUGGAGAGCAGCCGUAUGUCUCCAUGGCAGCCAACACCAGCUGUCUCCUCUUCUUCCUCUUUGCUCUGCUCAACCCACUCCAUGUGCAGUAUGAGAUAUCGGUUGUUCUGGUGUCUCUGGUUUUCCUACUCCUCCAGCCAGACGGCUGGCUCCUCCCCAGAACCUCCUCCAUCUUCCUGGCUCCUUCCCUCGUGGCAGCCAGUCUACUCCUCUACUUCUUGGCUGGUUCUCGCAUCAUUCCCAAGACCGUCUCAGCCUUGAGCAAAGGAUCUUCAAUCUUCCUCGCCACUCGUGUGCUGGAGCUGCUCUGCCUGGUUGGCUCGCUCCCCGGUCAGUGUGUGUUCCAGUACUACCUCUGGACCGGUCGCAGCCUCCAUCUCUCCGUUCCUCGUCUUGUCCUCUUCAUCCUCCCCAAUGCCUUCCUGCCCCAGUUCGGAGGUGGCCCCUCCUCCACCAUACUGGGCAUAAUGGGGGUCCUCAGCUUCUGCCUCAUCAUGUUGGGGGACUAUUCCAGUCUUAAACUGGGCUCCUAGCUUAACGACAAUUAAUUAACUCUUGUGGUGUUUGUAAUUUUAUGAAAAAUCGUUCUCGUUGU